GUAGGCUUAGCUGCUUCAUUUUAGAAGACGAAGAACACAAAUGGCGUUCUCUAACCGAACCUUUCAGUGGGGGUCAAGCACCCACCUCCAACCUACUGCACCCAGUGUCAGUGGUUUAACCUCCAGGAAAACGGCCAUCCAAAAGAUGCAGGCACCGAGCGUCUAUGGGGGAGCUGGCGGCUGUGGUACCCGCAUAUCCACCAGCACCAACUACGGGCAAGGCUUCGGUGGGAACUUCCAGCUUAGCGUUACUGGUAAUGGUGUGCUCCUCACUGGCAAUGAAAAAUCAACUAUGCAAAAUCUAAAUGACCGUUUGGCUUCGUAUCUGGAGAAGGUGCGUUCUCUAGAAAAGGCCAACUCCGUGAUUGAAAAGCAGAUCAAGGAGUGGUAUGAGCAGAACGCCCCAGUCGUAAGGCGUGACUAUAGCUCAUACUUUAAAACAAUUGAAGAUCUCCAAAAUAAGAUUGCUGCUGCCCAGCUGGAAAAUGCAAAGCUUGUCCUGCAGACUGACAAUGCCAAACUGGCUGCUGAUGAUUUUAGACUGAAGUAUGAGAAUGAACAGCUGCUCAGGCAAAAUGUCAAGAGUGACAUUAACGGACUGCUCCACAUUCGUGAUGACUUGACUUUGUCGAAAUCUGAUUUGGAGUCACAGAUUGAAAGUGUGAAUGAAGAACUAGCUUUUCUUAAGAAGAACCAUGAGGAGGAUGUUGACAGACUGCACAAACAGGUGAGCAGCUCAGCUAACACAGAGGUGGAUGCUGCUCCAACGGUUGAGGUUGCAACUAUUAUGGAAAAUGUGAGACAGCAAUAUGAAGAAAUGGCAGAAAAGAACUGUCAAAAAGCCAAAGAACAAUUUGAAAAGCAGACAGAAGAACUGAACCAGGAAAUAGAACUCCACAUGGAACAGCUGGAAGCCCAAAGGAGAGAGAUCAACGAGCGGAGGCCCAUCGUUCAUGGUCUGGAGCUAGAAUUACAGUCCCAGAUUAACAAGAGAAAGGCAUUAGAAGACACUCUGUCUCGAACUGAAGCACGUUAUGGUUAUCAGCUAACCCAAAUACAGGACGAAGCUGCCAAUUUAGAGGCUCAGCUGAGGCAACUCCGAGCUGACAUGGAGGGUCAGAGGAAGGAGUACAGUUUAUUGCUGGAUAUCAAGAGUUGCUUGGAAAUAGAGAUCGCCACAUACCGCCGUCUGCUGGAAGGAGAGGACAGCGGACAUUCCCAAGUGGAGGUACCUACACCACAGCCUGAAAAAGAAACAACUAAAAUUAAGAAGAUCAAGACAAUUGUUGAAGAGGUGGUCGAUGGCAAGGUUGUCUCCACUCAGAUGAACGAGAUUGAAGAGAAGCUGUAA